AUGGCUCCCUCUCUCCCCUCGAACAUCACCACCCUCCAAGAUGCCACCUUUGCAUCCCUCCUCGACAAACUCCGAGACCCAGGCUUGCUCCCCUCACAAGUCUGCGCCCUCAUUGCGCAGCUCACUACUCUGCUCGCGCGCCAAACAACCAUCAAAGCAGAAAGCAAUGAAACUAUCGCCGUGGUGGUGAUCCUACGCUCAGGGCUAGCAAUGUUCGAACCGCUGAUGGCGGAGAUCCCCGCGAACAUACCCACAGUCACAUACCACCUCGGCAUCUUCCGAGACAAGCACAAUCUGCAACCGGUCGAAUACUACAACAAGCUCCCGCCUAAGCCGGCGACGGUUCGGAAGGCGAUUGUUGUUGAUCCGGUGAUUGCCACGGGUGGAACGGUGGGUGCUGUGGUCAGUAUCUUGAAGGACUGGGGCAUUGAAAAGGUUACUUUUCUUUCUGUUCUGGCGAGUCGAGAAGGGGCGAUGCGGGUGGCGAAUGUGUGGCCGGCGUCUACGCAGUUUGUUCUUGGAGCUGUCGAUCCUGAUCUCGAUGAGAAGGGAUACAUUCAGCCGGGAGUUGGGGAUAUCGGCGAUAGGCUGUUUGGUACGAAUUUAGUAUAG